UGGAUAAGCUACCGUACAAUGGUAAGACACGAAAGCACUCACGACGCCCUUCAUUUGGCGCGUGGCUUUCACGCCAUACUCCAUCCCAAAACUGGAGCUUGGAGAAGCCAAAAACGGGUGGGCCCAGCUUCGUUGGCAUUGACAUUUCUAGAGCUGCACAAUAAUUUAACACCCCCUUCCCCUUCUCAUGCGCCUGCACAACGCCAUAGCCACAGCCACACCCAUAGCCAUAGCCAUACCUAUAGCCCCUCUCUCUCUUUCUCUUUCUCUUUCUCUCUCUGCAACACCCACAUUUGGGAGAAGCUAGAGCAACGGAAAACGGGAGAUGGGUAAUGCGGUCCAUGAGGCUCUUCUGCCCAGAUUUCAAACGGGGAGGAGACGGGGCGAGAGCCAGAGGAGCGGCAGAAGAAAGCGGAGAGACAUGAAGUUUCUGCACAAGGAUGUGGGUGGCGGAGGCGGUGGUGGUGGUGGUGGUGGUGGGUGUGCAGAGGAGGAUGAGAAGGCGGAAGUAGAGAGAAAGAUCGAGGCGUUGCAGAGGAUUGUGCCCGGAGGUGAGUCGCUUGGGUUGGACAAGCUUUUCGAAGAGACUGCUGGGUAUAUAAUGACUCUGCAGUGCCAGGUUAAGGCCUUGAGGACUCUUUCAUCCUUCUUUGAGGCUUUGGAGAAGGAAAAGAGAAAGCUCGGAGGUUGACGAUGAUGGUCUAGGUGACAGUCUCACAGACCACUCUCUCUUUUUUUUCUUUUUUUCUUUUUUUUUUAAUUUUUAUUUUCUCUUUAUUUUGGAAAUCUAUGAUGUUUAUUCUUAUAUUUUUGAAUUUUAAUGAAUACGAGUAAAAGUUGGCAAGUA